AUGAACUCCAACUUCAAAUCUACAUUUUUCGCCUAUUUUCUUUGGAUUUUAAUUCCAAAUGUGGCGGUGUCCGAUUACAAAAUGCUUAUUACAAAUGGUCAACCUGGUACCUACAGUACCUACAGUAAUCCCGACGUUUCCUUUGGAAAGAGUGCGUGGACUAUUGCUACGGUUUGGAUACUUGCAUGGCAGUAUACGACAAUAACUGCCAAAUGUUCCAAAUUGGCUAGCUCUCCACUGCAACUCAUUUAGUUGAUGGCUCAAGAUUUGCUUUCAAAUUUUCGACAUCUCUUGAUAACUCAGUGUGCCCUAUAAAUUUUCUGCAGUCUUUUUCAGUAACCAAUUUUUAAUCAUUACAGCUUUCACCUGUUAUUCUACUUUAGGGCCCACCUUGCAAUACAACCUAUAACAACCCUACUUGGAAAUUCAAUUGCUCCAAGCCCACGUGCCCGACUAACUUCACAAUGUUCUCCAGGCCUCGGGGGCUUUGGUGUUUACAGCCCUAUGGUCCUUCCACAGGUGAUUGAUAACUCUGCAUGCUUUGGUCAACUAUUUGCAAAAUCGCAAUGUGCAAAAAUGGGUGCCCAGUUAAGUGGGGUGGAUAGUCAGGCGGAGUUUAAUUUUAUUGUUGGAAAAGGUCAAGUUAUCCACAACACUUCCAAAAACAAGGGCUUGUUCCCAAUGACAGGUAUAUGGGUAGACGGAGAUCGGAAGCCAGAAUGUAAUGUGAUUAAUGACACCAGACCCCAAUGCACCGGGACGAAUGCCCUGUACUUCUCGGACCCUACCUUAUCGGCAAAUCUUGGGGGCUAUAAAUGGCGCCCGAACACUCCGGAUGGGAACCCGUGGCCUGCUUACUCGGUGGUCUUACAAUUCACGAAAGAAGGCAAUAUUUGGAUGGAUGAUGGGGCCGCAGGUAACGGAUUUUAUCCAAACACAGCGUGCUGGAAGGCCUAUGUUUGCGGAGUCAAACCUACACUUGUAUAA